AGCCGCUCGGCCCAAACGCUUCUCGCUAGGAGCGCCAGCUAACCUCCUCUUCGAGGCCCGUGCGCCGCCCGGCAAGCGCCCGCUGUGGCCGCCCCCGCUGCGGGCCGCGAUAGGGGCCGUCAGCGCGUCGGGCGCGAGCCCAGCGAGGCAGAGACAGGGCCUCGACACUGUGCGAAAACUGUUGUCCAACCUCGUGCAAUCGCCGGACGAGGAGAAAUACAGGCAGAUAAAGAGAUCGAACCCUGCUAUACAGAGCAGGCUCUUUCCGGAGUGCUACGCCCUGUUGCUGGCUGCCGGCUUCCAGGAAUCCGGAGAUUUGCUGCUCUACCUGGCGGAUCCCAGCGAGGAACUCCACGAGGUUCUCGCGCUCGUCGAGUCCCUGCUGCUCAGCCUGGGCGACUGCGUGGAAGGUGGCUCGUCAAGCAGCACCCGGCCUACGACAAAUGCAGCAGUGCCGACUCCGACACCCAUGCAGUCCAAGCGCCAGCAACUUCAGAAAGCACAGGA